UAGUCUCAUAAAUGGAUUACCUUGUAAAAUGUAUAUUGUAUACAUAUAAAAAUAUAAUAAAAUCAAUGAAAAUAAUAAGAAAUUAUAUAAGUAUGAGCCACGAGGUAGGUAGGUGCCAAAGUAAUUAUUAAAUAAUUUAAUAAUUUAAAUAAGGUAAAAAUUUAAGGCCACGCCUGUAUAUUUUCUACUUAUGUUGAUUCACUUUGAUAAACCAAUCUUUUUUUUAUGUAUUAGUGUAUUACCUACCUAAGCGUUUGUCUAUGUGACCAUAUCUGCGAGGACGGGGUUAUCAAGGAUAGUUCAGAGUAAAAGUUAUAAAUAAUAAAAAUCAGUUGCUAUUAGAUGAUUUAAUUGUUGCCUACUUUCCUAACUGCAGGUAUUGUCCUAUCGUGUGAUUUCAUUUACCUACUCUGCUACUCGUUAGAAGUGAAAAAUGACCGUUCAACCGGAUAGAUCUUCAAUAGAACAUUUAAAAUGUAAAUACAAACAAUUUCCUGAAAAAUUUAUGCUCGGUACUGCUUCUUCAGCAUAUCAAAUCGAAGGUGCAUGGAAUAAUGAUGGAAAAACUGAGAGCAUAUGGGAUCGAGUCGCUCACACUAAACAAGAAUUAUUUGCGGAUGAUUUAGAAUCAGACGAUACAAAUUUUCCAAAUGUAAAUAUGAUAUCAGAAAAUAAAUUCUCAUGUGUAUCGAAAGGAAGACCUAUGUACAGAGUAAAAUAUAAACAACACCGUGCUGCCCCUAUUACUGGGGAUAUUGCUUGUAAUAGUUAUUAUAAAGUUGAUGAAGAUGUUAAGCUUCUUAAAGAACUUAAGGUCCAAUCAUAUCGAUUUUCAUUAAGUUGGCCACGUAUUUUACCUAGAGGCGAAGAUAGUUACAUUAAUCCUGCCGGUGUUCAAUACUACAAUCGACUUAUUGAUAAAUUGAUAGAGAAUAAUAUAACACCUAUAGUAACAAUUUAUCAUUGGGACUUGCCGCAGUGUAUACAAGAUUUGGGAGGGUGGUGUAACAAACAAAUAAUAGAGUUCUUCACUCUUUAUGUUCGAGUGGUUUUCAGAACGUUUGGCGAUCGUGUGAAAUAUUGGAUAACUAUCAAUGAACCUUACUUGGUAUCAGAAAGCUACGGAAAUGAAGCCGGUGCACCUGCAUUAAACAAAAGUGGUUAUGGGGAUUAUUUAGCCAUUCAUCAUACAAUAUUAGCACACGCAACUGCUUACCAUAUAUACAACCGAGAAUUUAGACCAUUGCAAAAUGGUCAGAUAGGUAUAAGCUUAAACAUGGAAUGGUAUUAUCCAAAAAAUGUAAGUUCCUUAGAAGAUCAUUACGCUGCUCACCGUGCUCGUAUGUGGCAGUUUGGAGUUUUUGCACAUCCGUUAUUUUUCGGAGACUAUCCUGAAGAUGUAAAACAAGGAGUUAUGGAAACUAAUCAGUUUUGUGGAAUAUCAUUGAAACGACUGCAUGAUUUUAGUGAAAAUGAAAAGUAUUUAAUCAAAGUACCGUUUCGAAAAUCGAAAAAUGACCUUUCAAAAGUACCAGCUCAAGAACAUAUCUUCAGAAAAGAUGCUACAUUUGAUACUUUUGAGCAAUAUUUUAUUUUGAACUCAGGAACAUUAGAUUUUUUGGGUAUCAAUCAUUAUUUUUCGGUACAUGCAACUAAACUACAAUCAACUCAGCAUCAAUCAUUAAAGACUCGAGAUUCUAAUUUUGAAUUAUCAUUAAUUGAAGAGAUUCCUUAUUCAAAUCCGACGUGGAUAAAAGAAACUCCCAAAGGCAUGCGUAAUUUGUUGUGUUGGAUUAGAGAUACAUACGGAAAUCCUAAGAUUAUUAUUACUGAAAACGGCGUUUCAGACAAAGGACAAAACGAAGACGAAGACGCAUUAAUUAAAAGAAGAUAUCAUUAUGGCUAUUUAAGUGCUGUUCUCAAUGCAAUAUACGAGGAUGGGUGUAAUGUGAUUGGUUAUGAAGUCUGGUCAUUUUUGGAUUCAUUAGAAUGGUUUUUUGGAUACAGGGAAAAAUUUGGAAUGUACAGAGUUGAUUUCAAUGACCAGAAUCGUUCAAGAUAUCCAAAGAAAUCAUUACAGUUUUUCAAACAGUUAUUUCAAACGAGAACCUUACCUGAUGUAUUAAACGAUUUGUAUUGUGAAAAUAAUUGUGAUAGGGGAUAGUGAACUUAAGCCUAGAGAAUGUAUA